AUGUUGUCCCGUACCGCCGUUCGUGCUUAUAGCUCUGUACCAAAUGGUAUCAAGAUUUCGACAAAGGAGUCUGUCAAUGGCUUGACCAAACUUCAUGUAGUUGUUACAAAUGCCGGUGCUAAAGACGGCAAAUUUGGUACAUCACACUUGUUGUCAAAGUUUGCGUUCUUGAAUAAUGGUGCCAAGUCAGCAUUGCGUUUUACCAGAGAAUCUGAAUUAUUGGGUGGUCAUUUCAAGGGUCAUGUCAAAAGAGAUGCAUUGGUAUUGAAGACUAAAUUUUUGAAACAAGACUUGCCAUACUAUGUUGAAGCUUUGGGUAAUGUACUUUCAAAUACCCAGUUCACCCCACACGAAUUUGAAGAAGUUGUUUUACCAUCUGCUCUUGCCGAGGCCCAAGCCGCUCACGCAAACUCACAUUUCACUGGAUUGGAAAAAUUACAUGAAAUUACAUUCAGAAGAGGUUUGGGUAACCCUUUAUAUUAUAACCCAUCUACUCCUAUUCAAGUCGAAGAGUUGGCUCAAUUUGCUCAAGACAAUUUCACUGGAGAAAACAUUCAAAUUGUGGCUCAAGGUGCUGAUGAAGGUGACUUGACCAAAUUCGUCGAAGAAUCCGCAUUUUCCUACUUGCCUAAAGGCUCCAAAUCACAAGCCGUCUCAACUGAAUUCCACAAAAACGCCGAAGCAAGAAUACCAGCUACUGGAAAAUCCACUGCUUUGAUUGGAUUCCCGGUUAAGCCAGCUGAUUACGGUAGAUACGAAGUUUUAUCAUCCGCCAUUGGUACUUCUACAUUGCCAACUUCUGUUGCUCCAUUGUUCAAGAUCCCAGGCGCCACCUCACAUUUGUACAAGUACAAAGAUGCUGGUUUGUUUGUAAUUUCAGUUUCAGGCAAAGCUAGUGAUGUCGCACAAGGUAUCAGACAAGCCAAGAAGGUUGCAGAAUCAGUUACUUCAAGUGAUUUGAGCAAAGCCGUUAAAUCUGCUGAAUUAUCCAUUGCUUUGCAAUCCAAGGUUGCUCACCCAUUAGAGUUUAAAGCCACUGCAGCUGAUGCGCCAGUUAAAGACUUUAAUUACGUUGCUGUUGGUGAUUUGGACGUCUUGCCAUUCGCUUCGGAGUUAUAG